UCGGGUCCCGGGAACCGAACCCAAGAGCUAGACGAGGGGGGCCCCCAUGGAUUUAGGGGGGAGGGGGAAAGCCAUGGGGGGCACCCCUUCGGAACCCCUUUCCCAGGCGCGCGCUCUCCGCUGGAAAAGGCACAGAGAGACACUUUCCCCGGGAUCUUAAGUGUGCGGGAGGCUGGCUGGGGGGCUCAUCCGGUCCCCACGCCCGAGGCUCGGAAAAGAGAGAGUUGGCGGAGCGAGCGGACUACGUGCCGGGCCAUGGCCUAGGCCCUUCGGCCCCGGCCCCGGCCCUGGCCGCAAUGACCUCUUUGCCCUGCCCCCUCCCUGGCCGGGACGCCUCCAAAGCCAUAUUCCCGGACAUCGCCCCUGUCCCAUCGGUAGUGGCUGCCUACCCGCUUGGCCUUUCCCCCGCAACCGCAGUCGCCCCCGAUUUGCCCUACUCUGGGCCCUAUGGCCACCUCCUGCCCUACUCCUACACUGCGCCGGCGACUCCGGGAGACUCCUACCUGCCCGGCCAGCAAGCAGCGGCGCCUUCUCAGCAGGAGCCGAAGGCAGACUCGGAGAAGCCGCCGCUGUCCCCGGAGCCUUCGGAGCAGCGCCCGCAGCCCCCGGCCAAGAAGCUCCGCAAGCCAAGGACCAUCUACUCGAGCCUGCAGCUGCAGCACCUGAAUCAGCGAUUCCAGCACACGCAGUACCUGGCGCUGCCCGAAAGGGCCCAGCUGGCCGCGCAGCUCGGCCUCACCCAGACCCAGGUAAAGAUCUGGUUUCAGAACAAACGCUCCAAAUACAAGAAGCUCCUGAAGCAGAACUCUGGAGGACAGGAAGGGGACUUCCCUGGGAGAGCCUCCUCCUUGCCUCCCUGCUCCCCACCCCUCCCGGCACCCUGGGAUCUGCCCAAGGCAGGGGCCCCGCCCACCGGUGGCUACGGCAACAGCUUUGGAGCCUGGUAUCAGCAUCACUCCCCAGAUGUCCUGGUUCCACCUCAGAUGAUGUGAGUCCCGGGAAGGGCGGGUGGCCCCCCCCCCCGCCCAGUCCUCCACAAAGCCUAGGGCCCAGCCCACCUGCACCCCUUCUGGUCCUGGAGAAAACCAGCCCCAGAUGGGGAACUAGAGAAGAAAAGGGAUGGGGCGGAGGCCCGUCUCCCUUGCCCUGUAACCCAAACAGCCAAAUCAAGGAUUUUGGUCUUAACCACUGCCCACCACCACUACCGUGGACCGGACACCUUCCCUCCAGCUGAUCGGAGGCUCUGGAGGGAGAGUCACUGGCUGAAGUUCAGACUCCUCCCAGGACCCCUGGGCUUCCCACCGCUUCCUUGGACUGCAGUCUGCCACCAGCCUGGGGGCGACACAGACAAGAAACACUUGAGUGGUUUUUCCUCUUUGUGUGCCUUGGGCCUCGCCCAGCCCUGUUCGGAGCCGGAGCCAAAGCAGAAGCGAAGUGGGCAUCCGGUGUCUUCAAGUUGACCACCAUCGAGUCCCUCCCACCCCACCCCCCACCGAUUUUCCCCGUAGGUCAGCACUGUUACGGCCAUGGCUGAUACACCGCCUCACUGCCCUGUGAGGUAGAAGAGAUGCUGAAAAUGUGGUGUGUGGACCUAUGCGUAAUUUAUGCUUUUCUUCUUAAAAAAAAAAAAAAAAAAAAAAAAGCCUUCUUUCUCCUGUGUCUAUUCAGUUUUAGUAGAUACCGGAUCCAAUUAUCCUUUUAAUUCAACAGGUAUUUAUUAACAGCCUAUCCCCUCCUUUCUCACCCUGAAUACCCACCAACCUCACAUGCACACCCUCUUGGAAACUCAAUAGGGCAACAUUUUGGGGAGAAGGGGGGACACACAGGUUCUCUGGAUGAGUGUAAGGAGAGACACCCCCAAAUAGGGACCGGGGGGGGUGCCAGUUCAGCUCCUCAUAGCUGUCUCUGUCCAGAGGAACCGCUCCUAUUUAUAACCGAUCUAGCAUCUUCCACAUCAUGAGCUUUCAAAGAUUAAAUUUGUACAAAAACUUGG